AUGGGCCUCUACUCUGUCCCCGUGUGCGGCCUCGAGCACCUCCCGAGCCCCGGCUGCCCGCUGGGCCCUGGCAGGGGCCGCAGCCCUCCUGGGCCCAGGGCCCUCCUAUGGAAGACGGUCCUGGUGCUGUGGCUGCUGUCCAGCUCCACCCUGACCCCCGCACAGGGCCAGGCCAAGAUUCCUCUGGAAACGGUGAAGCUGUGGGCUGACACCUUCGGCGAGGACCUGUACCGCACAGUGACUAAAUACUCUGGCUCCCUCCUGUUGCAGAAGCAAUACCGGGACGCGGAGCCCAGCCUGAAGAUCCAGGAGGUGGACGGUCUGGAGCUAGUGAAGAAGUUCUCCAGGGACAUGGAGGCCAUGCUGCGGAGGAAAGUGGAGGCCGUGCAGAGUCUGGUCGAGGCUGCAGAGGAAGCUGACCUGAACCACGAGUUCAACGCAUCCCUGGUGUUUGACUACUACAACUCGGUCCUGAUCAAUGAGAGAGACGAGAAAGGCAACUUCGUGGAGCUGGGCGCCGAGUUCGUCCUCGAGUCCAAUGCUCACUUCAGCAACCUCAGGGUGAACACCUCGGUCAGCAGCGUGCAGCUGCCCACCAACGUGUACAACAAAGACCCGGACAUCCUGAACGGAGUCUACAUGUCGGAGGCCCUGAACCCUGUGUUCGUGGAGAACUUCCAGAGGGACCCCACACUCACCUGGCAGUACUUUGGCAGCGCCACAGGGUUCUUCAGGAUCUACCCGGGUAUAAAAUGGACGCCUGAUGAGAACGCCUUCGAUUGCCGGAACCGGGGCUGGUACAUACAGGCAGCCACCUCCCCCAAGGACCUGGUGGUGCUGGUGGACGUGAGCGGCAGCAUGAAGGGGCUGAGGCUGGCCAUUGCCAAGCAUACGGUCACCACCAUCCUGGACACACUGGGCGAGAAUGACUUCCUCAACAUCAUCGCGUACAACGAGUACGUCCACUACCUGGAGCCCUGCUUCAAGGGCACCCUCGUCCAGGCCGACCGGGACAAUCGUGAGCACUUCAAGCAGCUGGUGGAUGAGCUGAUGGUCAAGGGUGUGGGAGUCGUGAGCCAGGCCCUGACCGAAGCCUUCCAGAUCCUGAAGCAGUCCCGGGAGGCCGGGCGGGGCAGCCUCUGUAACCAGGCCGUCAUGCUCAUCACCGACGGCGCCGUGGAGGACUACGAGCCGGUGCUGGAGAAGUACAAUGCACCCGACCGCAAGGUCCGGGUUUUCACGUACCUCAUUGGGAGAGAGGUGACCUUUGCGGAUCGUAUGAAGAGGAUCGCCUGCAACAACAAAGGCUACUACACCCAGAUCUCCACACUGGCCGACGCCCAGGAGAGUGUCAUGGAGUACCUGCACGUGCUCAGCCGCCCCAUGGUCAUCAACCACGACCACGAUGUCAUCUGGACAGAAGCCUACAUGGACAGCAAGCUCUUCACCUCGAAGGCACAGAGCCUGACCCUCCUGACCACGGUGGCCAUGCCAGUCUUCAGCAAAAAGAACGAGACCCGGGCCCACGGCAUCCUGCUGGGUGUGGUGGGCUGCGAUGUGACCCUGCGGGAGCUCAUGAAGCUGGCACCCCGCUACAAGCUUGGGGUGCACGGCUACGCCUUCCUGAACACUAACAACGGGUACAUCCUCUCGCACCCGGACCUCCGGCCCCUGUACAGGGAGGGGAAGAAGCUGAAGCCCAAGCCCAACUACAACAGCGUGGACCUCUCCGAGGUGGAGUGGGAAGACCAGGCCGAAGCCCUGCGGACCGCCAUGAUCAACCGGGAGACGGGCUCUCUGAACAUGAGCGUGAAGGUCCCGCUGGGACAGAGGGGUGAGCGCAUCCUCUUCCUGACCAACGACUACUUCUUCACAGACAUCAAGGAGACCCCUUUCAG